UCACUCCUUUAUAUCUCAUGUUUUCUACUUUCAUCUCAACCAAUUGAAUAAGACACAUGCUACAAUUCCAUUUAAUACAUCAUAUCAAUAUAUAUAUAUAUAUAAAACACUCAUCACACUAUACAAAACUAGUACUACUCGGAUGACCAAAACAUGUCCUUCCAUCACCAACACUUGACAUGCCUUGUUUUUCUUUUUCUUGCUCUAUGUACACCAUCUUUCUCUUUAUCUUUCAUCUUCAAUGCCUUCAAAGACCUUAACUCCGACAAUCUAACCGUGAAUGGAGCUGCUGAUAUCACUUCCAAUGGCAUCCUCCGGCUCACAAACGACACUCCCCGGUUGAUCGGUCACGGGUUCUACCCACACCCAAUCCCUUUCAAGAACCCGACUACUAAAAAACCUCUAUCCUUCUCUACCUCUUUUGUUUUCGCCAUGGUACCAGAAUAUAAAAGACUUGGUGGCCAUGGACUAGCUUUCACCAUUUUUCCGGAGAACGGGCUCGCUGGAGCUCAACCAAAUCAGUAUCUUGGACUACUAAAUGUCAGCAACAAUGGCAAAGAAUUCAACCACUUGUUCGCCAUAGAGUUAGAUACUGUUAAAGAUUUUGAGUUCUCCGAUAUCAAUGACAACCAUGUUGGCAUUAACAUCAAUAGCAUGGUAUCUAAGAUUUCCACCAAAGCCGGGUUUUAUAUCGAUGGGAAUUCAACUAAACAAGAUGUUAAUUUGAACGGUGGGAACAAGAUUCAAGCUUGGGUAGAUUAUGAUGCUCUAAAACCCCAACUUAACGUUACUAUUUCACCGUCUUCAGAGAAGCCCGAUACACCAAUUUUAUCGGUUCCCAUGGAUCUAUCAUUGAUUUUACAGGAUUUUAUGUAUGUGGGGUUUUCAGCCGCAACGGGUAAGCUUGCCAGCUCUCACUAUAUCUUUGGUUGGAGCUUUAACAUGAGUGGAAAAGCUCAAUCUUUUAAUCUUAAUAAUCUGCCUUCAGUACCUGGAGCUAAAAAGAAUCACAAAGUUUUCCUAAUUGGUGUUUCAGUUGCUGCCCUUUUAUCUCUUGCAAUCAUAGCCAUUGCUGGUAUUGUUUUUGUGAUUAAAUUUUUCAAAAAUGUGGAAGAGAUUGAGGAAUGGGAGCUUGAUGUAGGCCCGCAUAGAUAUUCCUACAAGGAGUUAAAGAAGGCUACAAAGGGGUUUAGAAACGAUGGAUUACUCGGUGUUGGUGGAUUUGGGAGUGUUUACAAAGGGGUUUUACCUAACUCUAGAACCUUGGUUGCAGUUAAGAGAAUUUCAAAUAAGUCACAACAGGGUAUGAGGACGUUUGUGUCGGAGAUCUCGACUAUUGGUCGACUCAGGCAUAGAAAUUUGGUUCAACUGUUAGGUUGGUGUAGAAAGAAAGAAGAUUUGAUGCUUGUAUAUGAUUUCAUGGCUAAUGGUAGCUUAGAUAAGUAUAUUUAUGACAGUCCUAAACUAAACUUAACUUGGAAGCAAAGAUUCAAUAUCAUAAAAGACGUAGCACACGGAUUGUUGUAUCUACAUGAAGAAUGGGAGCAAACAGUGCUUCAUAGAGACAUCAAAGCUGGGAAUGUUUUGUUAGAUUCAGAACUAAAUGGGCGUUUAGGUGAUUUUGGGUUGGCUAAGUUAUGCGAACAUGGAUCAAACUCUAGCACCACUAAAGUGGUGGGCACGUUGGGUUAUUUGGCUCCCGAGUUGACUCGGACGGGAAAGCCCACCACAAACUCAGAUGUUUUUGCUUUUGGGGCUUUGUUGUUAGAGGUUGUCUGUGGGAGAAGACCAACUGAGCCGAAGGCGUUACCCGAGGAGCUCAUUUUGGUGGAUUGGGUGUGGGAUAAGUGGACAACAGGGGCCGUUCUUGAGGUGAUUGACUCAAGGUUAAAAAAUGAGUUUGAUGAGAUGGAGGCAUUGGUGGUUAUAAAGUUAGGGUUAAUAUGUUCUAGCAAUGCACCUUCAGCGCGGCCUCCUAUGAGGCAGGUCAUAAGGUACUUGGAAGGGGAGGUUUCUUUGCCGGAAAGGUUAGCUCCACCAAGUGAGAACGGUCAAAGGGGUAGUCAAGGGUGGGAGUUUGAGGAUUAUGUGCAUUCUUAUCCGUCUUCUUCUUUUUUAGACAAAGUAAGCAACUGGUCAGCGGGAGUUGAGGAUGAGUAUAUUGAUGUUGAAGCAGGUUUGACUUCACCUCUCUCAGAUCUCCAACAGAGAGGAGAGGAGAGCAAAUUUAGAAGUGAAGUUCGGUAAUUGCCAGGCUUGUUUGUAUUUUAUUCUUAAUCAUUUUAGAUUUUAGCUAUGUAGAAUUGUAGAUUGUUGCAUGCAACUAGUUGCAGGCUUUUUGUUCUUAGAAUCAUGGAUUGUAUCAGUACCUAUCUCUUCUAACCAGAAGAUUGUGUAACCAUUCAACUUCAAGACCCCGUUGGGACAAAAAUGUAUAGAUUACAAGUCAUAAUAUGACACGUGUGUGAAUUCGCUUUUCAAAAGGAAAUUUUUUAGGAAUA